CCCUCUCGCACGAACCCGACGCCUUGCGUUCAUUUCAUUCCUGCUCUCAUUCCGCGCAUUCUUCGCAUCUCUCGGUGUGUCGGCGAUCCGCGCUCGCAUUCCCGCCCGGCCCUGAACCGCCACGAGAACUUUACGCAGUUUGCAAAAAAAAAAUUAAAAAAAUUAAAUCAAUUCUCACAUAUUAGAAAGAAAAAAGAAAGAAAAAAAAAAUCAAAGGGGCGGAGCUGUUAAAUAACAAAUAAUAUCGAUUACGGACAUUAAAGUUCGCCCUGCCGGAAGUUGCAGAUCUCCUCGGAGCGUGCGGAAACCCAGCGCCGGGAGGAGAGACUUGUUGCUCUUGUCGCGUCUUUUUCUUUUUCGCCUGCUUGUUCUGUUUCAGUCCUCACCGUCUCACCCUAGUGUGCUCCAGGCUUCGGCUUGGAGGUCCCGACCGUCAAAAUGGAUCCCAGCAACUGGAGCGGCAGUGAAAGUCCUGCCGAGGACAUGGAGAGGAUGAGCGACUCUGCAGAGAAGCCCAUGGACAAUGACGCUGAGGGCGUGUGGAGUCCUGACAUCGAGCAGAGCUUCCAGGAGGCACUUGCUAUAUACCCACCUUGUGGCCGUCGCAAGAUCAUCCUUUCUGAUGAAGGCAAGAUGUAUGGUCGGAACGAGCUGAUUGCCAGAUACAUCAAACUGCGAACUGGGAAGACAAGGACGAGGAAGCAGGUGUCUAGUCACAUACAGGUCUUAGCAAGAAAGAAAGUUCGUGAAAUCCAAGCCGCCAUCAAGGUGUCUAGUCACAUUCAGGUUCUUGCCCGGCGGAAAUCUCGCGAGUUUCAUUCCAAGCUAAAGGAUCAGACCGUGAAGGACAAAGCCCUCCAGAGCAUGGCAUCCAUGUCCUCGGCACAGAUCGUCUCAGCUACGGCUAUCCACAACAAGCUGGGCUUGCCAGGCAUCCCUCGACCCGCCUUCCCCGGAGCGGCUGGGCUUUGGCAGGGCAUGAUAUCUACGGGACAGCCAGGAUCCUCACAAGACAUCAAGCCCUUUGCGCAGCAGGCGUACCCUAUCCAGCCCACCGUCACAACAGCAAUUUCAAGUUACGAGUCCACAGCAGCACCAGCACCCACAGUACCAGCGUGGCAGGGCCGCUCCAUUGGAACCAGCAAGCUCAGGCUGGUCGAGUUCUCGGCUUUUCUGGAGCAGCAGAGGGAGCCGGACUCGUACAAUAAGCACCUAUUUGUACACAUCGGACAGACAAAUCACUCCUACAGCGAUGCCCUGCUGGAGUCGGUGGACAUCCGUCAAAUUUAUGACAAAUUCCCAGAGAAGAAAGGAGGGCUGAAAGAGCUUUUUGGCAAAGGACCACAGAAUUCCUUCUUCCUCAUAAAGUUCUGGGCUGACUUGAACUGCAACGUUCAGGAGGAAACCGGGGCCUUUUAUGGCGUCACCAGCCAGUACGAGAGCCCGGAGAACAUGACCAUCACCUGCUCCACUAAAGUCUGCUCAUUUGGCAAGCAGGUGGUGGAGAAAGUUGAGACGGAAUACGCUCGUUUUGAAAACGGCCGCUUCGUGUACCGGAUAAGCCGCUCUCCCAUGUGCGAAUACAUGAUCAACUUCAUCCACAAGCUCAAACACCUUCCCGAGAAGUACAUGAUGAACAGCGUGCUGGAGAACUUCACUAUCCUAUUGGUGGUCACAAACAGAGACACACAGGAGACCCUGCUGUGCAUGGCGUGUGUGUUUGAGGUGUCGAACAGCGAGCACGGAGCUCAGCAUCACAUCUACAGACUGGUGAAAGAAUGAAGCUCAUGCCAGCCAGCGGAUCUGUCCUAUAGACUCUGAACCUCAAUUUAAAAAAACAAACACACAAAAAAAAAAAAGUGGCAGUGCCUCUAGUUCAACCCUCACCCGCAGCGAUUCGAGCUCUCAUCCGGGUGAUGCUUAUUGUUAUUAUUAUUUUUUCCAGCCUUUUUAUUAAUGUAUAUGUGUUCGAUGUUUUGACUGCAGCUGUGAAACACGGUACAGUUGUAUUAUGUUUUGAUACAGGAAAGAAUCAUUUUAAAGGAAUCGACUUUUCUCCAUAGGUUGUAUGUAUAUAUAAAGCGGCAGUAUCGUUAGACCUCAAGGUCGGCUCGAAUUAGAUUAAAUCUGUCCAAGAAAGACGAUGUUUUAGGUUCUAACCCUAUUCUAAUUAAUGUACACCUUAAAACAGAUUUAGCCUUUAGGUUCUUAUAAAACAAUACCGUUUAUGAAUGUGUACGUGUCUGUGUAUACCUGUACAUACCCACAUACCCAUAGUCUUUCCAAAGAUUGAAAAAAGUAUUUAAGUUCCAAACAUUUGGUUAAUUAGAGAGGAAUAACUGUAAAGUCCAUCAAAAUAUUAAUAAAUAAUAAUAAUAAUAAUAAUAAUAAUACAGUUACUGGAUUUUGGCAUCUGUAGCAUUCAGGGAAUUUAAACGUCCAGCCCUUGAAAACUCUCCUGUGUCUCAGCUGCAAUAAAAUAAAUAAUAACCUGUACUCUAUCUACUAUACUGCAAAUAAUUUCUGCUAACGUUUUAGUGAUCAAAGGGCGCUUUCACACCUAGUACUCCAUUUGCCAAACCCAAAUCAGUGUGAAUUGAAUACUUUCAUUAUGUUUUCUUUUCAGUUUCACAUCGCGCAUAUUUAAACAAACCAAACGAAGGGCUGAUUACAUAUUUUUGAAAUACAUAUUUUUAUUCAUUAAUCAGAAAUAUAUGUGCGGAAAGAACAGUGAGAAAAAUAAGACAAGUAGAAAUGUGUAGAAAUCACAAAAAUGAUGAGUCAUGUCUGUGAAGGAGACGUAGAUCUGUUUUUUUUUUUUUAUUUCUACCAGGACUUUGUCUACAGAAAAAAUAUCAUCUUUUAAAGCAGAUCUGAGCUACUGCCAUGCUUGGUCAGAGUUUGGAAACAUACAAAAGUCUGAUUAGCCAUUGAUCAGAUCUGUUAAUAUUCCAAUAAUAAUUAGAAUAAUAGUCCAAUCGGAAUAAAACUGCAUCACGUAAACGUCAGUUGGAACAGUCUGACACUAUCCGGCCCGAUCGGAAUAAGAGGGGGGUGUAAACCUUUAAUAAUUUGAUUAAUAGAUACAUUUUAGCAAUGAAUACACUUAAUCCGAUUGUUUCUCUCUUGUUGGAAUAAAUAUCUUUUCUGUGCACGUUUGCCCCACGAUGGGGUAAAAUAAGGUGAGAUGACAAGAUUCUUGAUCGGUAAACUCUGUGAGAACACCGGAGUUGGCAUUAAUUGGCUCGCAUUUCAUACGCAGACGAGACUGAA